AGAUGGAGAUCAUAAAGCUUCUUGGCAAGGGCUCUUUCGGUUCGGUCAACCUCGUCAAGUUCACUGACGCUGGAGGCGACUCGGUCUACACCGCCAUGAAGACAAGCAGCCGGGAGGACGCCGAGUCUCUGUUCAAAGAGUUUGGGAUCCUUUCCAAGUUCCGAGGUUGCCCCAGAAUCGUCCAAUGCUACGGGGACUCGCUGAUGCAGGCGGAGACCGAGGAAGGCCAUCAGGAAUUCAGGAUGUUCAUGGAAUAUGCAUCAGGAGGGACUCUCAUCGAUCUCAUGUGCACACGCUUCAAUGGAGACUUGCCUCAUCAGUUGAUCAAAGAGAUCACCCGCAUGAUUCUAGAGGGUCUGGUUUUCAUCCACGGACACGGUUACGUUCACUGCGACCUCAAACCCACAAACAUCCUCGUAUUCCCGAGAGAGGGUAAUGGUACAUGCAGAACGACGUAUGAGAUCAAGAUUUCGGAUUUCGGGCUAUCGAGAGAGGCCAUGAAGGAAGAUAAUGAGUGGUCAUGGUAUUUUCCGUUCAUCGGAACGCCAUCCUACAUGUCACCGGAGUCAGUUUGUGAAGGCAGGAUCGGGACAGAACUCGAUCUGUGGUCGCUGGGAUGCAUAGUACUGCAGAUGUUCACAGGAGAGCUUCCAUGGUCGGCAAGCCAAAGACAUUACCUACGGUCUUUCCUAGCGAGCGGUCAUGCGCCGAUCGUUCCAGAGACUGUGCCUUGCGACGCAAGAGAAUUUAUAGAGACUUGUUUAGCGAGAAAUCCGGAAGAAAGGAGCAGCGCAGCCAUGUUGUUGGAGCAUCCGUUCCUGCGUCAAGGGGAAAAGAAGACAGGGGAGAAUAUUGUCGGAUGCGCUCACAGAAUGCCGCCGCCUGGCUUCGACGUUAUUCCGACAAGAAACCAGAGGAUUUGCUCGUUGAUCUCCAAGACGGACGAAGAUUCGAAGUUGGUGCUGAGAUCGCUGGAGCUACUCGCCAUAUCCAUGCUGAAUGGAGAUUUGUCUUCCUAGGUAUUUGUUUUUGUUCACGUAAACUCCGAGAUUUUGCUGCAUUUUGGAUUUGUUUACGUUACAG